UGGUAUGAGAGUCGCACGCUGAAGCCACUAGGCCAACAUUGCUCAAUUUUGUCAUUUAACGUUUGUAUAAUUUUUACAGGACAGUUAUCCGAGCAAUUGCAUUCUUCGCUCCUGAGGCUUUCGAUGUAUUAAGAAUAAACCGGACCGAUCCUGGCAUUGGCAAUUACUUUUAUAAUCUGGUGAAAGACUCCAUGGAUUAUCGCAAGAAAAACAGUUAUCGUCGUAAUGAUUUUCUUCAGGCACUGAUUGAUAUAAAAGACAGGGAAACUGCCGUGUCUGGAACGGAAGAAUAUAGAUUUACUUUCAAUGAAAUUAUAGCGAAUACAUUGCUCUAUAUGUUGGCUGGCUACGAGACAUCGGCUGGGACAGGCAUGUUUGCAGCAUACGAACUGGCAAAAAACCCGGCUGUUCAGGCAAAAGCUAAAGAGGAGGUGCUCAAGGUCCUCGCAAAACAUAAUAACGAAUGGACGUACGAAGCCCAGAAUGAUAUGACGUAUAUAAACAUGGUGCUUGAAGAAACGAUGAGAAAAUAUCCACCAAUGCGCGCUCUGUUCCGGAGGUGUAAUAAAGAUUUCAAAGUACCUGACAGCGAUUUUGUUAUAGAAAACGGUACAUUACUGUUUAUACCCAUUCAAGCAAUACAAAUGGACCCUGAUAUUUUCGAAAAUCCGGAGCGAUUCGACCCAGAGCGAUUCACACCGGAGAAGAAAGCUAAGAUGCAUCCAUGUCAUUGGAUGCCGUUCGGGGAGGGACCUAAGAAAUGUUUAGGUAUGCGUCAAGGCUACAUACAAUCAAAAAUGUUGUUAGUGAAAUUACUUACCAAAUACGAACUAUCAUUGGACGGAAAAACAGAAGAUCCAAUUCGAAUCAAGGCAACAUCAUUUUCUGGCGCACCUGAUAGUGCAAUUUGGAUCAAAUUAAAAAAAAAUGAAAUUUAAACAUAAAAGGGUGUUAAAAGAGAUUUAUCUAUUUUGUAUUGUAUGGAAAUAUGUAAUGAUUUAUAAAAUAUUAUUUCAAAGGAAUUGUUCUUUUUUUAAAGAUUUUCGACAAUCGGAAAAUGUGUUUUAA